UGAAAAACAUAAACAAUUUUGGCAGUGUUCAGUUAUUCGAAGAUGUCAUGCUGUGCUGGAGUGAUUUGAGAUAUUGUUUAUAAAUGACAGCCAUUAAUUGGGCUGUACAUUUUGUCUUUGUGAUAUACACCACAAGCAGCUGUUUUUUUAUUUAUUUCAGCCCAGUGCUCCAGUCGUCUAAAUUGCCGGGGUAUUCCAUCCCAAACAAGUGACGCCGAGCUUUGCUUUGGAGGUCCCAAGUCAACAUGCUGAUUCCGUGAGAGCAGGCUCUCCGUGGAUUUACCCACCCAGUUCUUUGGCCUCGCUCGGUGCAUGCCGUGAAUUACUUACUGUCGACCGCGACACUUACUGACGUGCAAUCAUGGCGGAGAAAUCUUCAGGAAGGGCGUACGCUUCUUCAACAUCACCGGGUAACAAACCUGUACCCAUGAAGUUGUUUUCUACGUGGGAAGUUGAAAGAACUGCUCCUAACUGUAUUGCAAGGUUAUGCAGUCUGAGGUUAACUCGCUUAGUGGUGCUUAAGAACCUUGAGACCGACUUGGGUUCCGUCAUCAUCGCUGUACGCAUGCAGAGCUCCAAGCGUACUCUCCGCUCAAAUGAGAUCUUUUUCAGUCAGGGGAGCUUGGUGGACACCGAGUUGGAUUUAUCGUUUUCAUUACAGUACCCACAUUUUCUCAAGAGAGACGGAAACAAAUUACGCGUGAUGCUGCAACGCCGGAAACGAUACAAGAACAGAACCAUCCUCGGGUACAAGACGCUCGCAGUUGGACUCAUUAACAUGUCAGAGGUGCUGCAACAGUCCAAAGACAACGAGCUGAGCUUGUAUGGCAAGGAUCAUGAGAUGGAUCGUGUUGCUCAUGUCACUGUCCUCGGUCUCUCGAGUCAACCGGUCGACCAAUUCAAGAGAGGAAUAGAUCGGUCACCGGAUAUUGAUAAUGAAUCUGAAGAUGAAGAAGAGUCAUACUCAUCUGAUCAAGAGAACAGCGACAGUGGGGAAAACCUCCCUGAAGCCCAGGUACAUGAUCUUCUUGGUGAGGAAGAGCAAGAGCCUGGGAGGAAGGGAAUUAGGACCAAACUCAGACCUCCUAUGAACAGGCAAAGAAACUUCAAGCAGAAGUUCAUUGCCCUCUUGAAGAAGUUCAAAGUUCAAAGUGACGACAGCGACACCGAGCAGUAUCCCUACGAGGAUCAGGAUCAGAACCAGAUUGACCCUGACUUCCUGUUAUAUGAUGACCUCGAUGACCUCAAUCUGAGUGAUAGCGGACCUGAUAUGGAUCAGGAUGAAAUGAGCAUUGGGUCAACGCCUAAACCAGUGUUAAGGCCGUUUUUCUCUCAAGGAAUUCCCACAUCGAGUACGAUGGCUGAAGAAAUGGAGCAGUUCCCACUGAUAGACCAAUGUCGUGAUGACAACGGCAACAGUAAAGACUCUGGUAGUUCUGGGGAUUUCGGUGUAGAGGAUGACACAACUCCAUGGUCGGAUAACCCACCCUCUCUUGCCAACCGAAGCGAAAGCAUCAUCUCCCACCAAAGCGACCCGGGGAACCUGGUCCUGAUGAAAACCACCCCCUCCCCCAACAACGAGAGGACUGUCCCCCUCGUUAAUAACAGCACCAACCAGAAAGAGAAGAGACACCACAGCCAAUCAGCACCCAAAACCCUAACCAAAGAGGGUUCUGUGUGUUCACAGGGGUCGUCAACGGGUCAGGGGUCACAUACCCAGGCCAAGUCUUUGGAGAAGGCCAGCAGCUUUGGCAAAGCUGACCACAAGCAUCCCGGCAUACCACCUUUAGCUGAACAACUCACAGAUCUAUGGCAGGGGCUAGCAGAUGGUCAGAUACCCGAUCGAGUCAUACUAGUCAGUGUGCUGGAGAAGCAUGGCAGGUUGUUAGCGCAGACGUUAUCAAAUACUGGGGAGAAAGUUGUCUGUACGUGUAACCAUCCAGAUGUUGAAGCAACUCUACAGUUUAUUGUAAACAAACUCCAAAAAUAUUGCAAUCAGAAUCCAAAAAUCCCUGAGCCGUUGAAGGUUGCCCUGUGUGGGAACGAAAGCUAUGCCGGUGCGGCACUCAGACCGUACGUGGAGCUGUUCUCAACCAAGUCAACAGACUGGCAAAAUUAUAUCAAGUUUUAUGUAGUUCCUUUAGGUAGUAAUUCUCUUGCCAAGUAUUUAGGGUCGCUGGACUCAAGAUAUUCUUCUCUCUUUCUGGACUCAAAUUGGAGGGAAUUCUUUGACAGAGAUCUGCCAGAUAAUCAACCCCAAAUGAAAUCUCGCAGAACAAGAAAUGUUGCGUAUGCCAAAGAAAUGGUCAACAGAAUAUGUCAGUACAUGACAGGGAGCCAGCACUGUCUGCAAUUACCGAUUGGGGAGGUGAUGGUAACCUGUAAGCUCCGGAGUACCGAUGAAGAAUCCAUCCAGAAAUUCAUCCCGUUCAUUAAUCAUGUCAGAAUAGGAUCGGUAGACGGUGUGAGUUUCUCAUUAUCAGAAGGUGAAGACACUAGUCCAGGCAGUACCUGUGGACCGUUGUCAUCGAGCCCUCCAGGUGGACCCGGUAGCAAAGAGAAAGAUAUCGCUGCAGCAAGUACACCUCCAUCGAGCCCAGUUGUCGUUAAUAACAGAGAGGACUUUGUCAUGGAAACAAGUGUAAGUCCGCUGUCUGGAGAAUUGAUGGAUCUCCAAGUUGAGUAUUGGCCGAUGCUGGGAGGCAAGAAGGAUAAGUCCUCUCUGAAGACAGCGUUUCGGUCGCUAACCGUCCAAAGACUGCCCUCGCAUGCUGACCCGUCCACGACUGGACUCUCCAUGGUUGUUGUUACCAAGGAGAAGAACAAGAAAAUCAUGCGCAUCGGAAAGAAACCCCGAGAGAUGGAGACUGCCCUCAAGAGUCAAGAAAUAGAUGGAAUUCAUAGAUUGGUCUGCACUUCAAGAACGCAGGACUACUCACUGAAAGUGACUAUUGAUGGUAUUGAGCUUACCAGAGUAAAGUUCUUCCAGUUGUCCGCGCAGUGGCAAACACGUAUCAAACAUUUCCCGGUGGCGCUGUUUGCGCAAGACCUUCCAGCAUGGUGAUUAUUGAGGCCUAGCCUCGAGAGAGAGAGACUUUUAAAAUCAGUUGAAGCUCUACCUAGGUAGAUUUGUUCUCACUUUGAGUUACGAUUGUUGCAGUCGAUAAUCAUUUUGUGAAGAUCUCACAGUUGGCACCUAAGUAGUCAUGUAUCUGCUGAUGAACAAGGAUUUAAAGCCGCCCUGUGCUUGGAACAGUCUUCUACAUUAUACAACUCAGGAGAACUUCUUUUGCCGAGCGAGAAAGUGUUGUCAUGGACGCUGCUUGGAGAGUGUCAGCUCCCUGAAGAAAAAGCCUACAGCUGUUUUAUGUGGCUUUGUAAGAUAUCAACUCAUUUUUUGGUGCAGCUUCAUGAGUUCAUCGCUGUCGUUGGUUCAGCCUUUGUUGGGUGGCCAAUUCCUGUCUGAUCAAGCUGUAUAUCAACUGUUUAGUGCAGCUGAGCAAGUUAAUCAACUGCUGUUCCAUGCAUCUUUGAGAAGAUGAAACCUGCUGUUUGAUCAGUUUCCAGACAACACUGUUGAAGUUUAGUGAAUGAACCACUGCUGUUUGUUGAAGCAGCUGAUAGAACAUGCUCCUAAGAUCAUCUACUACUGUUUCAUGUAUGCAUUUUAUUUUUUUAUCUUCUGGCUGGAAGAGGCCUCUUCACACAGUAUUACAACUUGUCUCUCACAUUACAUUUUACCAGAGUCUACGUUUGGCGUUUUAUUUUUGCUUCCGUGGAGGGUAGCAGUUAUUGUGAUUAGCACUACAUGCAACAGCUGAGGCUACCCUGUUCAAGCUCAACUACAAAGGUCUUCAUUAUAAUGAACAUUUAUAAUCUAAUUUGCAUAACCAUGGACAAGCCACUCCAAAUUCUACAGGCAUGUCUUCUGAUGUGAUCAUUCUAUUCUUCCCUGGUUUCCACUGUUUCUUACAGAGGUGUUUUCUUGCAGAUUUCAAUCGAACCUCAUAAAUCAAUUUUCAGAAUAUUUAUGGAAUGAUCUUCUUCGAUGGACCUUUAUCCAGGACAGUUGAAGGUUUUGAUUUGAGUGUGUCAAGAAGAAAAUGUUGGACUAAUAAUGUGUAAUGAAUGGGAAAGUUGCAAUUAUUCAUAUCUUAGUUGAUUAAGAAGUAACCUGUAAAUGUUUGAAUAAUUCGCAGCGGAAUAUGUAAAGGAAAGCAGUCGCGACUGAAUAAGAAAAUGUUUGAAUGAGGUGAAAUGUACGGAAGUAGUAAAGGGAAAAUGUUACAACAAUAACAACAAAUAACUAGUUGGAAUCAAUUUCUGUCUUAAAUUGUGCGCCAAAAGUUUCAUAAGAAAAUAUAGUUUGAGAAAUUCUCAGUACAAUAGGUUACUAAUUGUACUGAUCAUUCUGGCUGCUGUUGCCGUCAGAAAGGCUGUAAGUUUUGAGAAAAUUAUGCAUGAAUCGGCAAACUUUUGUGGAUGAAUGUGAGUAUCAAUGCCCCAUUUUCUUAAAAUUAAGCAGGAUUGUUUUUCAAGUCGCCUUUUGAGGAUUGCUUUCAAAUUUAAUGGUGGCACUGUUUCAUUUUAAGAAAAUGCAAGUAUGUUUUAUAAAAGUUUUUAAAAAAGCGAGAGAGACUCUUCUCAUUUUCACUCGUGACAAGUUAAUUGAUUUGAACUAUUUAUAAUACCCUUUUACUGCUUCCAAUAAAACAAAUUAAAGCUGUACAGCCAAAGAAAAUUUAGCAAUGUUUGAAUGCAGAUCCUCCAAACAGUUACAGUUGGGCCAUUCUGGACGGAAAAGAAAGGUUUAGUUUUGUGAUUAUUUGGAACUGCAAGAGUAGUGCAAUCAAAAGCGUGUACAUACAUGUGGAUUGGUUGGGAAGUUUGUUUUAAACUGUAAUUGUCAUGGCAUAUGUUCAUUUUUCUGUUUCAUUUGUACUCUGUGAACACACACAGAUUGGUAUCACAAUUAGAAAUAGGAGUGAUAGGUUGACUGUUACCUAUAACAAGAUUUAGAAGAGGCUCAAACCUAAUGCACCGCAGCACAUUGCAAAGUUAUUGGAUUGACAACAAUACAAUAACCCUUUCCCCUUACAAGGCUCAAAUUUGGAAUGAAAAUCCACAAGGCUGCCCGUGAAAGGUUUACUGGACCAGAAUUCUUUUCACAAAACCAGAAUUGAAAUGAGAAAAAUUGUACCUACACAGUUAAACAUCUGAACUGUUUUAAUAAGCCACUUUGGAAUGUCAGUGGCGCAUGUCUGUUACUGCUGACAACGGAGUUUGUCUAUCUCCCUUAAUUGUCAAAAGGUCACGGGAGAUAGACAGAGUCCAUUGUCAGCAGUAACAGACAUGCGCAGCUGGAACUCCGAAGUGGCUUAUUUGAACAAACACUAAGAGAAUAUUUAUCUCAUUUUGUAUGUUGGGUAAGUAGUCUUCAAUACUCAACAGAAUUGGAAGAUGGCUUAUCAACAUUUGAACAAAACACAAGACCUCGGACUUGGUCAUGAGUGUACAGGCCGAAUGUAAAAUCACUGGCCUCUGCCUCUGGUCUGUGGUCCAGGCUACCCUAGCGUCUUUUGAGACCCUUUCUAUAUUCUCAAAAGUACUCCGUUUUGUGAUAAGUUAACACCCGGAUGUUUUGACUUGGUUGAUAUUGGUCUGCCUGUUUCAAUGCAUCUGUUAGGUGGGUCUGCAGUCCCCAAUACAACAAAGUCAGAUCAUUUCUGCUCCAUGUUUCAAAGAGCCCCGCUUAAACACAGAAAGAAGCUAAGCAAAAUCAAAUUAUGCUUACCGGAAUAAGUUUAUGUCAUUGACAUUUAUUUAUUAAUGAUAAUUAUUAUUACUUUUGUAGAUUUUCUUUAUUCUUUGUUAUUAUAAUGAAAAUAAUAUAACUGAAGCUGUUUUCUGCGAUCUUCCCCCAUAUCUCAAAUUUAACUUGUUGCCGUGAUAUAUCAGUUUAAUUUAUGAGAGAUAUACAUUCAUAUUUAUUAGUCAACUCAUCCCCCCCCAAAAAAAAAAAAAUCAGUAAGAAUAACCUUAUUAUUUUAUACAAGUCUUUGGAACAAGGAAAAAUAAAUUAUAAAAACGGUCCCUGCUCUUCCAUAAUUUUCUUUAAAAAAUUACCCCUGUUCCAAGGAAUCGCCACCCCACCGGUUCUUACUUGAAAUAAUCCUGAAGAUUUGUUUUUUCAUUUACUAAGAAUUUCUUUGAAGGGGGAAUUCACUCGUUGGAUACUUUGAGGUGAGGGCAGUGGUGCUAGACAGUGAUAAAUGAUAUUCACAGUAAUUCUGAUUUUGUUUGAUAAUUUAAACAAAGGGGGGGGGGGAGAGAAUCUGUCUCAUCGAGACUCCUUAACAGUAAGGAACAUAUUGUGCCAAAAGGAUAAAGUUUUGUUUAUUUUCAAUGUUUAAGCCAGUAUUAUGCGAUUAAAUCUUAUCCUUUGGAAACUUCAUUUUCACUGGAUAAAGUUUUUGUUGCCAUUUUGUUUAAAUAAAAAAAAA